AUGUUAAAGCAAAUUCAGUUAAACAUUCCUCUAAUUGAUGCUUUGAGGGAGAUGCCCGGUUAUACAAAAAUGAUGAAGGACUUGAUGUUUCACAAGUUUGACUUUCAAGACUUGGUAACUGUGAAAUUGACUCAGACUUAUAGUGCUAUUAUGACAAGACCUAUAGCGGAGAAGCUAUCCGACCUUGGCAGCUUCACAAUUCCAUGCACCAUAGGUAGCUAUGCAUUCGCGAAAGCAUUGUGUGACUUGGGGGCGAGCAUUAAUUUGAUGCCAUUGGCUAUCUAUAGAAAGUUAGAUUUUGUCAUUCAGGACUGCCAGGUUGAUCAGGAGAUUCCCAUAAUUUUGGGAAUGCCGUUCUUGGACAAAGGAAGAGAUAUGAUUGAUUGUGAAACUGGGGAGCUGAAAAUGAGGCUAAAUAACAAAGAAAUAACAUUUAAUGUUCAAAAGUCUAUGCAGCGACCCAAUGAGUUUGCAAAUUGCUCUUUGAUAGAAGCUGUGGAUGUGAUCAUGGAGGAAGCUAAUGAGGCACUUAAUGCAAAAGACCCUCUAGCAGCUUGCCUCACGAACAUAGAAGAGGUAAAUGGUGAGGACUUGGCGGAGUGGGUGUUGGCUCUUGAAGGCCAAGAAUACUGCAAAAGAGAGCUCGAAUUCAAGUCUUUACACUUAGAAGAAAGAAAGACCCCUCCAGCUAAGCCAUCGAUCGAAGAGCUACCACAGUUAGAACUGAAACCACUACCAUAUCACCUCAGGGAUGCUUUCUUGGGACCUAAAUCAACUUCAGCCAUUAUUAUCUCAUCUGGUUUGUUAGAUGUGUAG